AUGGAGACCUCGCUCCCGUCCCGUUCAAAGCAAACGACGAGCACCAAGCAUAACCCUGCCGCCAAACCAGAUGAACGAAGCGACGCCAAUACCGACGAACACCCAUCGAGACCUACGAAAAGGCUUGACGUGUUUGUUUUUGGAAGUGGCGAGAACUGUGAACUGGGUCUUGGGCCGCACCGCACCGAAGCCCCGAGACCGCGCCUGAACAGCCUUCUCGAUGCAGAUUCUGUGGGCGUUGUACAGGUCGCCGUCGGGGGUAUGCACAGUGUCGUCCUCACUCAUGACGGCAAGGUGUUGACGUGGGGGGUAAAUGACGACGGUGCGUUGGGGCGCUUGAAGCCACCUUCGGCGUCUGAAGAGGAGCAGGACGAGGAAGACGAAGAAGCUUUUCUGGAUGCGUUCGAGAGCACACCUGGCGCUGUAGUUUUUGGAGAAAACAUAGAUGUAAUCCAGGUUGCCGCAACGAAUAGCGCCUGCUUCGCAUUGACAGUGGAAGGAAAUGUGUACGGUUGGGGAAGCUUUGCUGGUGGAGACGGUAACUUUGGCUUUCUUCACGAAAAGCCACCAAAGACGACGGAACGCCUGCCCGUACUAAUCCCCGGGCUCAACAACAUCAAAGAACUGGUGGGCGGUUCAAACCACAUCCUCGCCCUUACCCACGAUGGUAAUGUACUCGCCUGGGGCUCCGGUGAGCAGAAUGAGCUCGGCCGACGAAUCCUAGCACGUCGGCGCUUCGAGACGCUCGUCCCCCAGCGCGUGGGGAUGCCCAAGAACAAGACGGCAAAGAUCUUUGCCGGGUCGCAUCAUAGCUUCGCUAUUGACAUAGCCGGCAAGGUCUGGGCCUUUGGAUUGAAUAACUUUGGCCAGUGUGGCAUUUCGACGCGGGAGGACACCGGCUUUACGACUGUUAUCUCGCCGACAAUAGUAAAGAGUCUCGAGGGGUAUAAAGUUCGCCAUAUCGCAUGCGGUCUACACCAUUCGAUUGCCUGUACGGAAGAAGGCGACGUGUUGGUUUGGGGCCGAUGUGAUGACGGCCAAAUGGGAAUGCCCUUGGAUGAUGUGCCCAAAAACCAAAUCAUCUUCGACUCUAGAGAUCGACCUCGCGUGCUGAACGUACCGACGGUAGUUCCCAGGACAGACCUCGAAGCUGUCUUCGUCGCAGCAGGCAUCGAUAACUGCUACGCCAUCUCGAAAAAAGGAGAUAUGCAUGCCUGGGGUUUCUCGGCUAGCUGCAACACUGGCCUGGGCACCACCGACACUGUUAGAGUGCCGACCCUGUUGCGAAGCAAACAAUUGGGCGAGAGGAAGCUCAACUUUGUUGACGCGGGAGGCCAGUUCGCGGUCACAACAAGUCACAGGUCAUAG